AGAUUUUACAAGUUGAAGAUGGAAGACCAAACCCUACAUUUUCGCCAUAUUUUAUUGUUUUAUUUCCACAAAGGAAAGAAUGCGCGUCAAGCUUGUAAAAAGUUGCGUAAAGUUUAUGGUGGCAAUGCUCUACAAGAACGUCAGUGCCAACGAUGGUUCAUGAAAUUCCGUGCUGGUGAUUUUGAUCUCAAUGACGCUCCUCGGUCAGGGAGGCCCACCAAGGUUGAUGACGACAAGAUAAAGGCAUUGAUCAAAUCAAACCCACGUUACACAACACGAGAGAUUGCAGAAGCAUUGAACAUCCAUCAUUCAAGUGUUCACGACCACCUGAAAAAGCUGGGAUACGUAAGAAAGUUUGAUAUUUGGGUUCCUCAUGAACUCAAAGAAGUUCAUUUGAUGGCACGAAUAAACAUCUGUGAUAUGCUCAUUAAACGUGAGGAAAAUGAUCCUUUUUUGAAACGACUGAUAACUGGUGAUGAGAAGUGGAUUGUUUACAAUAAUGUGGUGCCCAAACCAUCCUGGACCCAGCAAGAUGAUUCACCUCAAAUGAUAUCGAAAGCAGACAUUCAUCAGAGGAAGGUUAUGCUCUCAGUGUGGUGGGAUUUUAAAGGUGUUGUGUUUUUUGAGCUCCUACCAAGGAACCGAACAAUCAAUUCAAAUGUGUACUGUCAGCAAUUGGACAGUUUGAAUGAAUCCAUCAUCCAGAAACGUCCAGAGCUUGUUGAUCGUAAAGGAGUUGUAUUCCAUCACGACAGUGCAAGACCACACACAAGUUUGAUCACUCGUCAAAAAUUACUGGAGCUUGGAUGGGAUGUGUUGCCACACCCACCAUAUUCACCUGACCUUGCACCAUCAGACUUCUACUUGUUUCGCUCUCUUCAAAACUCCUUGCGUGGUAUAACAUUCGAUUCAGAUGAGGCUGUAAAUCAGCAUCUUGUUCAGUUUUUUUCACCCUUUCAGUCAAGAAGCAUUUUGGACACCUCCUCUGAGUCAGGCAGGCACAGGAUUGAGAGUACAGGGCACGGGAGACCUAGGUGUUUUCAGGCAGAAUACAUUCCCCAGAAGCAGCAGUGUUUGCAUCAAGUUAUGAGGAUGAGUAGGUAUUACAAAGAAGGUCACUCAAGCUGGAAGCAGUAG